UAACGUCGUUUAAAUCCAAUGCCCCUGUACACCAUUCCAGUAGGUGGCGGUAUUGCAUCAUCAAUCUAGUUACCACCCGGCAUCAAAUCAAAAGAAGAAGACAACAACAACGAAGAAGGAGAGUUGCGCGUGCAUGAUGAGAGAGGUAUAUUGCUGGCUCAGGAAGAAUGUAGUUCAUAUGAAUAUGCAUUGAAAGAGACAGUCUGCGCAUCGGAGCAUUACGAUUUCGUUGUACAGAGCACUCGCUUAUUACAUCGCACUCUGUGCGACUUUUAUUGUGUUUUAGCCGAAGGCAUGGAUGGAGCGCGCGCUAUACGGAAACGGAUUCUAAUUGUAUGGAUCGUUGCCGCGCUAGUUUGCGUGUUUAUGUUCUGUGAAUAUGUGGUCUACUUUCCUGUUAUACUACGAUGCUCGUGGCCUCGGAUUACGGAGAAACAGGACACUGUACGCGCUCUCUUUUUAUCGGAUCCCCAUUUGCUCGGGGCCAUCAGGGGACACUGGUUCGACAAACUGAGAAGGGAGUGGCAGAUGCAGAGAUCGUUUCAGACAGCACUGUCUCUAUUAAGGCCGGAGAUGGUCUUUAUUCUGGGAGAUGUUUUUGAUGAAGGCAAAUGGAGCUCCACCAAGGAUUGGGAAGAUGACUUAAGGCGCUUCAAACUGAUCUUUCAUCACCCCAGCGACACAGAACUUGUGGUUCUUAUUGGCAACCAUGACAUUGGAUUUCAUCACGAAAUGACCUCCUACAAACUUGAGCGUUUUGAGAAAGUUUUCAACGUGACGUCAGCACAGAUUCUAACGAAAAAAGGAGUAAAUUUCUUAUUGGUGAACAGUGUGGCACUUCAUGGAGAUCACUGUCUCAUUUGUCAGCGUGUAGAGGACAAACUUUACAGUAUUGCGCAGCAACUUAAUUGCUCCACACAGUCUGAUGCUCCAAGGCAGCAUUGCAAGGACAUGCCAACAUAUCCAUCAACAGCUCCCAUCAUACUUCAGCACUACCCUCUGUUUCGUAUCAGUGAUGCUGAGUGCACAGGUGAAGAUGCCGCACCACUCAACGAACGCUUUCAGCUUUUUAAAGAACGCUAUGAUGUGCUCUCUCAGGAUGCCUCUAAGAAGUUACUAUCGUGGUUCCAGCCCCGACUUAUUCUAAGUGGCCACACACACAGUGGCUGUGAGGUUUUCCACGAGAAUCGUGUCCUGGAAGUCAGUGUCCCAUCUUUCAGCUGGAGGAACCGUAACAACCCUAGCUUCAUCCUGGGAACCUUUUCUUCAUCUGAUUUUGCACUGUCCAAGUGUUUCCUGCCAGUGGAAAGCAGUAUUAUUGCAGUAUAUUAUAGCAGUAUGGUUAUGAUUGUGAUGAUCACCCUUGGAUAUCUGCGUCUCUACCAUGGAAUUUUGCAUGCAGUAAACAGCCUUCUGGACAAGAAAAAAUCUUUGUGAAACACAGACGUACACAUGCACUAUGGGUACUGUAUAUAUGGUCAAUCUGUACAAUCUUAUUUAAUCUCAGUCUCUGUGCAGUAAGGAACUGAUGUUGCACAGAGAAAAUAUAAUAUAUUGCUAAUACCAUUAUAUUCCAUCUAUAGUUCUUUAAAUAAAUAAAAAUCAUGUCCACCUGAGUUAAUAUAUUAUUUUAUUGGUGUUUUCUAAUGGUCCACAUGUAAAAUUCCCUUUUGCAAAGCUGUUUUCUUUUUUUGUUAAAUAAAGACAUUCUGGUGUCAUAUUUGGAACAAGGGCAACAAAUAGAAAACUCCUGUGUAUCUCACUAAUAAUGGCUGCUGUUCUGUUAUUUAGUGAAUAAUAAAACAUGAACACUUUUA